AUGCGCCCCGGCAUGUACAUUGGGAGCACUGACACUGAAGGACUCCACCACUUGGUCUGGGAAGCGAUAGACAAUGCGGUCGAUGAAAUCGAGAACGGCGGUUGCCGUCACAUUGUCGUCGUCCUCCAUUCGGAUAGGCGGAGUGUGACGGUUGCUGACGAUGGCAGAGGCAUCCCUUGCGGGGUCCAUCCCCAGACGGGCGUCUCCACCCUGGAGACAGUCUUUACGAAACUGCAUGCGGGCGGGAAAUUCGCGCCGGCCGCUUCGCAAAGUGUUUCUUCAGGCGCCAUCGAAGGUGCGUCGAGCAGCUACGCGUUCGCGGGAGGUCUUCACGGUGUAGGCAGUUCUGUGAUCAAUGCGCUUUCUGCGAAGCUCCACGUCGCGUCUGGGCCUGAGAGCGUCCCGGAUAGCGGCACGUGCCUCACCUUUCAAUUCGACACACAGGUGUUUGGUGAAGACGUCCUUCUUGAGGGGAAGAAAAUCGAGAGACGCCUCAAGGCUCUCGCCUAUUUGCACCCUACCGCGUCUUUCCAGUUCUUCGAGAUGCCGAAACAAAAGCGUCGGCAGGCAAGGCGAACAGACUCCUCGACGCGUGAAUUUCACGAGAACGAAGUGGAAGAAAAGCGCCACGGAGGACCGACCCUAUCCGCGCAGCCGACACAGAAAGAAGAAAGAGAAGAAGGAGAAGAAGGAGAAGGAAAAGAAGAAGAAGAAGAAGGAAAAGAAGAAGGAAAAGAAGAAGGAGGAGAAGAAAAAGCAGGAGGCAACAGAGCAGCGCGUUCCGUUUUGUUUCGAGAGCCUGGGGGGUUGGAUUCCUACAUCCGCCAUCUCUCAGCGAAUUUGGCUGGCCUCUUUACCGAGGAGCCCAUCAUCAGCAUUCCGACUCCAGAAGGCGGAGUCCACAUCGAGGGCAUUCGCGCGGCGCUCUCAAAGGCAGUUCACAAGCUCCUGCGGCUCUCGUCGGCCGAGCCCCGGUCGCCUUUCCUCGCGAAGGCCUCCGCGAAGAAAGACGGAAAGCGCGGGAAAAGCCCGACCGGCGACGCACAGACAGCCGAACGCACACUCAGCGUCCAGGGAGAGUUCCUCCGCGAAGGCCUCGUCGGCGUGGUCAGCCUGAAGAUGCGCGAGGCUCAAUUCGAGGGACAAACCAAGAAGAAGCUCGGAAACAAAAAGGUUAAAGGCAUCGUCGAAGAGCUUGUGGCAGACGGUCUCCUCAGCUACUUUGAAAGCCACCCACAAAAUCUCCAAAAACUCCUGCAAAAAGCGGCCGCUGCACGCGCCGCAGCCGUCGCCGCCAAAGCGGCGCGCGACUUUGCCCGAGCGAAGCAACAAUCCUCAACGUUCCACUUGACGCUUCUCCCAGGCAAACUGGCGGACUGCAGCCCGACGAAUGCUCAAGAGAGGCUCUCGAAGGAAAUCUUCAUCGUUGAGGGCGAAAGCGCCGCUGGUAGCGCCAAACAGGCUCGAGAUCGGCGAACGCAGGCGAUUCUGCCUUUGCGAGGGAAGAUUUUGAAUGUCGAGAAGCUGGGAAAUUUCGGGAAAAUCUUCGAAAACGAGGAACUUAAAGCUCUGAUUGCAGCGCUCGGCAUUUCCAUGACAAAGACGGGCGAGGUUCGCGCCGAUUUGGAUGGGCUGAGGUAUUCGCGCGUCAUCAUCUUGACGGAUGCGGACGUGGACGGCGCGCACAUUCGGAGUCUUCUUCUCACGUUUUUCUUUCGUCUCCAACCCGAGCUGUUUCGCCAGAGUCGUAUUUUCGUCGCCUGUCCUCCCCUCUUCAAAAUUUCGCACUUCCCCGUGCCUCGGAAACUGCUGAACGCCGCGACAGCCGCUCAGAGCGACGGCCGUGCCUCCCGCGCGGCUGCCGUUCCACUCAGAGACGCUGCGGAGGGAGAACAGGAAGAAGAGGAAGGACAGGAAGAAAAGGGAGAAAAGGAAGAAGACGAAGAGCGAGAGUUGGGGCGUGCAAAGCGUUUGGUCACCGAGACCUACGUGUGGACGGACGAAGAGGUGGAGCAGGUGUUGCAGGUUCUUCGCACUUACCGAGAAGGCCGGCCGAAAACGAAAGAGACGAAAGAAACCAGCGGCGCCUGGCGCGCUGCGGAUGUGGUUUCCGGGGCGGAGCGAGGCGACGGCGACGUAGACACAGCAGCUGCCAAGUCUGCUGGACCUGGCGCCUUGCGUGAAGACUCGAAAACUCUGCCGGGAGUCACCCUUCAAAGAUUCAAAGGUCUGGGAGAAAUGCAGCCCGAGCAGCUGCGGCGCACGACGAUGAGCCCCGCCACGCGCAUUCUGAAGCGCAUCUCCGUCGCCGACGCCCAAGAGGCGGAGGCGGUUGUUGCCAGCCUGAUGGGCGACGACGUCGAAGCGCGAAAGAAAAUCAUCUCCGAGGCGAGCAGCGAAGUUUUUGUCGAGGACCUCGAUGUGUAG